GACAAGCAGUCAGCAGUUAGAGGCCAGGCCGCUGGUACGACAAGAUGGAGGUCUUAUUUUUAAGCCCAGUGCCAAUUUUGUUUGUACUGUUACUUAUAAACAUCGCAGAUGGUAACUGGCUGACUGAAGCUAAACGCUCCCGGUCAGGUCAACCUCAAAAGAGUAAAUCCAUGUUGACAAAGAUGCAGAGAAAUUCAGGAGAAUCUGAUUGGUCGUACCUCUUCGAUCACAACUUAGCUAGUCUUGAAACGCAUCUUAUCACUGAGUCCAACAACAUGCUGAACGGGUUGUUUGAAGAAACCGGAACCGGAAACUCAGGUAAUGAGCGAAUACGGAACGACCUUGGUGAUUUGAUGAACCAGCUAAGAGAUGUACGAACAAACAUGGAUAAGAUGUCAACUGCGCAUGCCAAUUUUGAGAAGAGAAUAAGUACCACUCUUCGCGAACGAUCCGAAAGUCAACAGAACACCAUGAAUGUGGAGAAUUUCCUUCGUGACCUGAAUGAAAUGUCAAGUAAACUAGCCGAGAUGAGUGGAUCUGUAAGUAGCCUCAGUGAGAGAGCCAGCGACAUCAGUCUCGUGGAUCCGGAUGUUACAAGACCUGCCUGACUGCCAUGAAGUGAAGGCCUGCAACAGACAAUACGAAGACGGCGAGUACUUCAUCUAUCCGAGAGCACUGGGAGGUCGAAAGGUCAAGGUCUUCUGUAGCGGGAUGGCUGGUCCUGACCCCAAGGAAUAUGUCACCCUUCACAACACUAAUACCGGCACCUACAACUACUCCCUCCGUACUGAUAACGACUAUUGUACUUUCCGAGACAGAGUCGGCGAUGCUGUAUCUACUUUCCGUAAAAUCCGGCUCGAUGUCCAGGAUAUGUCCGUACAAAGAUAUGACUUCACAUAUGCAGACAUUAUGGAAGAAGACCCGAAUGUAUGGAAGCCGCCCAAGUAUGGUGCUGGCGGGGGCUGUACCUGGGACUACGUGUACCGAAACUACCGGAACUGCAUUGCUCCCGGCGGAUUCGUCAUAGAUACUUCCGGAACUGGACUCAUAGUUGAUCCCGAGUUACAAUGGAUGUCCUACGGAUAUGGAGGUAGGCUUGAGACGGUAUACCGGAGUAACAACAACGCACACGUGACAGCCGCGUGCGACGGUUGGUGUGCCUGGUGCUUUCCGGUAGGGGAGAUGAUACUGCAGCUGGAACCUGCUGUUGGAUUGAUUGGAGACGCCACUGAACCAAUGUGUGUAUAAGAAAGUAUUUUUGACACUCGGGUGCAAUCUUCGUUUUUUAAUGAAUAUUUUAUGUGUCGAAUCAAUAUCUUUUAAGAUUGCUAGAUGGAAUUUACACAAAGAGUGUUGCAUUUAUCUUCUGAAAAUAUUAUGCACACGUGUCUUACUCAAUCAGAAGUAAAUAUUCCGUCUUUUCAUAAUGCAGAGUAAAUCUGCUCUUGUGAGCGAGUAUUGAUUGGUACGUCAUUAGUUUGCGUGAGAAAAUUACAUCGUUUUCUCACAAAUUGAUGACGUUAAUCUCACAAAAAGAUGACGUAACAAUCAAUACCUGCUCACAAGAGUAGAUAUCAAAGCAUUAUUAAUACUUAUACAUAAUAUCAUCAAAUUUUACGAUAACUAUUCGCCUUUCUCUUGUCAAUUCAAUGUACAGAAAGUCAAUCUACGAUAGUUCCCAAAGAUAAACCUGUAUCAUUCUGUACAACAUUUAUUUGUCUCCUAUCAUUAAUAGUUGUUUCAGAGAACUUUAAACCGUUUCAAAUUGUGCAUACUUAUUAUGACAUGACUUUGCUCAAUAAAAAAAGUCAAUUCAGAA